AUGUCCCGGCUGUGGCGUUAUCUCGCCGUCGGCUUGGCAAUAGCCGGUGGCCUAGUGUCUGCGGAAGCAGACCAGAACAUCACAGCACAACCUGGUGAAGAUGUAACCCUAAAAUGUCAAGAUGGAAAUGAGAAAAAGAUAGCAGUUUUAGAAUGGAGCAGAACUGAUCUGGAUCCAGAUCAUGUUCUUUUCUUCAGAGAAGGUCUCUUUGAGUCAAAAUACCAGCAUCCAUCCUUUAAGAACCGGGUGGAUCUGCUGGACAGUCAGAUGAAGGAUGGAGACGUGUCUCUGAUUCUGAAGAAUGUGACGAUUAAUGAUACGGGAACAUACGAGUGUAGAGUCAUGCAGAGAGAAGUGGACCAAGGGACGAACAACAUGGAACUCAUCUGCACCCUCCAUCUGGAAGUAGCUUCAGGGAGCAAGGAUGGAGGAGACGAGGAUGGACGAGAUGAUGAUGGAGGAGAUGAUGAUGGAGGAGAUGAGGAUGGAGGAGAUGAGGAUGGAAGAGAUAAGGAUGGAGGAGAUGAGGAUGGAAGAGAUAAGGAUGGAGGAACCUCGAGGAAACUAAACAUCGCUGGUCAUGUGACCGACCCGCCUCAGGGCCACAGGAGGCCCGGAUUAAGGUCCCAGGCCCGGUUUUCGGGGGUCGGGCCUCCUCUGACAGUCUGGUCCAGGAAGUGGCUUCAGUCCGGUUCCUCCUGGAGGCGCCUGAACGCAGAGCGAGGAGGCCUUCCGUCUCACAGCGGCGGGAGUCCGAGUGCGGCCACGGCUCGCAACAUGGCGGCUAGGAGGCGGCGUCCGGCCGGUGGCGAGCGGCGCGGCUUCGGCCCCGCGUGGCGCCGGCGGGACGCUCGCUUUGCGGUGGCGCCGGAGGGGCGUCGGCCUGUGGCGUGCCGGCGUCGCCCACCAACUCACGCAGGAACUUGA